GCGACCCAAAUAAAUGCUAAAAAGUUUUUUUAUAUUGCGGAAAAAUGGACUACGAUUUUAAGAUGAAAACGCAAAUGGAGAGAACCAAAGUGGAGGAUCUCUUCAACUAUGAGGGCUGCAAAGUGGGCCGCGGCACCUACGGCCAUGUGUACAAAGCCAAGUGGAAGGAGACGAGCGAUGGCAAGGAAUACGCUUUGAAGCAGAUCGAUGGCACCGGCCUCUCCAUGUCCGCUUGCCGUGAGAUCGCCCUGCUGCGCGAGCUGAAACAUCAGAAUGUGAUAACGCUGAUUCGCGUCUUUCUGUCACACAAUGAUCGGAAGGUGUUUCUGCUGAUUGACUACGCUGAGCACGAUCUCUGGCACAUCAUUAAGUUCCAUCGGGCGGCGAAGGCCACCAAGAAACAGGUGGUGGUGCCGCGCGGCAUGGUGAAGAGCCUGCUCUAUCAAAUCCUCGAUGGCAUUCAUUAUCUGCAUAGCAACUGGGUGCUGCAUCGGGAUCUCAAACCGGCUAACAUACUGGUCAUGGGCGAUGGUAAUGAGCGGGGACGCGUUAAGAUUGCCGACAUGGGCUUUGCCCGUCUGUUCAAUGCACCGUUGAAGCCGCUGGCCGACUUGGAUCCGGUGGUGGUCACCUUUUGGUAUCGUGCACCGGAACUGCUGCUGGGCGCCCGACAUUACACCAAGGCCAUUGAUAUUUGGGCCAUUGGCUGCAUCUUCGCGGAGCUGCUGACAUCGGAGCCCAUCUUCCAUUGUCGCCAGGAAGAUAUUAAGACUAGUAAUCCCUAUCACCACGAUCAGCUGGAUCGCAUCUUCAAUGUGAUGGGCUUUCCGCAGGACAAGGACUGGGAAGACAUCAAAAAGAUGCCUGAACACCACACGCUCACCAAGGACUUCAAGCGAUCCACUUACUCGGCCUGCUCGCUGGCCAAGUACAUGGAACGGCACAAGAUCAAGCCAGACAGCAAAGCAUUCCAUCUGCUGCAGAAGCUGUUGCUGAUGGAUCCCAACAAGCGCAUAACCUCCGAGCAGGCCAUGCAGGAUCAGUACUUCCAAGAGGAGCCGCUGCCGACGCAGGACGUUUUCGCCGGCUGUCCCAUACCAUAUCCCAAGCGUGAGUUCCUCACCGAUGACGAUCAGGAGGACAAGUCGGAUAACAAGCGGCAGCAACAACAACAGCAGCAACAGCAACAACAACAGCAGCAGCAGCAACAACAACAGCAGCAGCAACAACAAAUGAACCCCAAUGAGCCAAAUGCGAAACGUGUGCGUCUCUCUGGCACGGGCAAUCAACAGGAUUUCCAUCAUCAGCAACAGCAGCAGCAGCAACAACAGCAGCAGCAGCAACAACAACAACAGCAACAACAACAACAGCAGCAGCAACAAAUGAUCUUCAAUCAGCAGCAGAGUUUCCAGCAGCGCUUCAACUGAGACUGAGACUG